CAAAAAGUUCAUCAAAGAACUUUCUAAAAAUAAAGAAUGAUCACGUGAUUUGUACACUAAUCAUGUGGUUACCCAUCCAAUUCACAUGUCAACAAUGAUGGCUCCUUUCGGUUUCAGUGUGCUUGCAUUUGCCAUCUACGUUUGCUCCAGUGGACGUAUUGAUGCAGCAAAUGAACACAUUCUCAAAGACCUCAAACCACCAGCACAAAUAGCUAAAGAUUUUCUUGCAAAUUACAAAGCUAAGACGGCUCUUCACACUUCCGAAUUGCCAGCUCGCUACAAAAACAUAUUAUUGGAGUCUGAUGAUUCUGCCUCUGCCUUCACUGGCACUGGCACUGGUGGCAACUUAGGAACUGGACAGCAUGAUACGAAUGCAGUCGAAAGUCAACAGACAAAUGAAAAUAUAAAUUUGAAUGGCUGCUCUUCAAGGAUGUGUCAUAAUCUGAGAUAUCUAAGAAAAUAUAAGGAGCUGGACGAAAAAAUUGCAGAAAAAUUUGAGGUCGGAGGUGAUCAAAAUGUAUUCUCCCUUGUCUGGCAUUUGUACAAGUUUGGUCAACCAAAGGGUGGCAAAAACCCUUGGCAAAACUCUCUUCACCUGGAUGUCCAUCUCCCUGUGGGGACAAGUAUGUCGUCGAUUAGAGGGGCAGUUCUGGUUCUUGGGUCAUGUGGCCAGGCUCUCGCUGUGGGUCUAAAAGCUGAAGGGAAUACUGUUGUACUGCUGAUGUUUGAUGCUGAUGAUGCAUUUAGAUGUGAACAACGCUUAAGGGAAGAAAAGUUGACAAAUGUGUUUGUGGCUGUCCCUGGCCCUGGAGAAUUCCUUGAAUCAGCUGUUUCCUUAGUUCUGUCGCAAUCAGCAGUCAACUACAACGCUUGUUUGCUGAAUGGUCUGAGUGAGCUGACAGAAGGUCUGUUGCCCCAUGAGGUGGAGGAGUCAAUGGCCAAGCUACUGACGGUUUCCCGAAGACUCAUUGUUCAUUUUGAUGUCAGUAACGAUAGGGUUGAAUUCUUCAAAGCUGCCUGGGAAAACCCAAAGGGCUUGCUGCAGAAGGUAUGUGCUUUGUCAGGUGUGCGCCUGUGCUCCUUCAAUCUCAGCUCAGGAGUAGGCCUUGACUGGAAUGACUCGACAUUUGUAGUCGGGGGUCAGGAGUGUGUCAAUGGAAGCAGCAAAAGCCUUCCAUGCCCUGGCCCUGAUGGUUCUGUCCCUUUCAACUCUCUUUUGAACUAUAAUUUAACUGCAGAGUCAAAGUUGUCACUGUUCUCAUCACUGUUAGGAGCAACAGUGUCAAUAGAUGAUCCAGCACUCCUGAUGGUCAAAGGUGGGGAGAUCAAACGAUCUUCUCAGUCGGCAAAUAGACAGAGCAAAUUCAUCUCUGAAGAUUUUGUCCAAAAACCUUUGAGACAUGACAGCAGGCUCAAACAGAGUGGGAUUCCUCUAACUUCAAAAUCUGAAGCCCCCCAUGUUGACAAAGGAGGCCAGGUCAGUGCUGGAAAUGAUCAGCCAGCCUAUGGACAAAGCCUUGGUAAAAAAGAGAUAGCUGCACUGGUCGGUAAGUUAAUCGAUCAACACAAAAUAAACAGCAUGGAAGACCAGUGGAAUAGGGAAGAACCGGCGUCUGUGGAUGUAAGUAAAACUCUCUUAUCUCGGCUACAGCUGGUACCAGAAGCUGGUCCUGCCCAGCCUGAAUCUCGAAGAAGUUUUGACAUUAUAGACGGGCGACCCUUGGAGGAGCAGAAAAGUCUAACCAAAGCUUAUUCUGAUCUCGGUGAAAGGUCGGUCGUCAAGAAUGUUCUAAAGAAUCCUCAAGAAGGAGAAAUAUACCCCAAAGUCUCAAAGAAAUUUGUCAACGGAGGAACACUGUCCAGUAAUGAGCCGCCUCGUGCCACUGGGUCGGCUGAGUCCUCACAAGACAUACGAAAAUUACUGAAAAAACGGGCGAAGAAAAAUGACAACGGAAGGGUUGAAAAGAUACAACCAGAUAUUGUCAUCCAUAAUAAUGAGAAGCCAGAUGCCAUCAUCAAUAAAGACAUGAAGCCUGUUUUGAUGAAACCACAACUGAAAAAGGAGGCAGACAACUCUAAAGCUGGGAUGAGAAAACUUCUGGACUUUGAUCCGUUGCACAUUGCUCAGCCUUUUGACAUAGCCAAACAGUUCAAGUGGAAGUUUUCUGGAGAAUCUCCAGCAGUUGGUGACGGCCAGGACUCUGUUCCCUUGUGGAAAAGAAGCAGGAAUCAUUUCCUCUCACUUGACUCAACACCCCAGCCUACCGUUCUACCCUCUAGUACAGGAAGCAGCAAUAACACUGAGAAAAAGUAUAAAGAAAAACUGUUCCAAGCCCUGUGGAGUAUGGUCCGUCCUCUUAUUACGAGGAAACUCAAAAGAGGCGCUGACCUGGCAGCUUUUGUUUCGGGUCAGUGCUACAUGUCCAUGCUGAGUACAAAGUUGUCGCUGCUAAACCCCAGUGCCAGCGUACUUGCUUUGGACGCAGACAGGCGUUCCAAGUGUCACAAAAAGUACAGUGGUUUGCUGGAGAGUUCUGGUGCAAAAAAUAAUUUUCUGGUUCGAAAAGUCCUUGACCCAGAUAUCACUUUUGAUAUGUCUCACAGACCACAAGUUUUUGAUGUUCAGGUUAUUGGUCCAGAAGUCUUCUCAUGGCUGCUUCAUCUGGGCACAGAAUUCCCAGAGUUUUUGGGCAGGAUUCUCACCCUGAGUCGAGUGACAGUCAUUGAGGUUCCCAGCUGGGACACAGGGAGGAAAAGCCUCAGCUUGUUUCCCAUAGACGGCUUGGAGCUGAUGAAUGAUUUUAAGACUCUGGUGGACCUGUCCCUGAGCAGUGUAGGUGCUGGAGCUGUGUCAAAGGUCAAGGAACUGACCAACAGUCAAUGGAAGGUCCUCAAGGAAACUCGAGUCUUUGCUGUACAUUUGGAGUCUUUUUCCAGAAAUGUGUACAUGUCCUGUGUGAACUCACAGUCCUCACUGACAAGACUGGACAUAUGGCCUUCCUCCAUCACCUACAGGAGUGGCUCUGAGACAAAAUCUUUGUCAGUGCGUGGUUUAUGUCUACAGAUUUUGUUGUCCCUCGACUCGGAAAAAUCUUUCAGGACCAGGUUGUUCCAGAGCUACCUUCGAGUGAAACUGCACCCUGACAUGUGCCCCGCCCAGCUACACUGGAGGGACGGCGCCCUCAGGCACCUCAGUGAUACAGACACAGACUCCGAGUCAGAGACUUUGACAAUGUUGAUAAAAAAAGAAAUACAUGAAAAACGUUAUUCUUUCAUGGAUUAUAACAGCAACAAUAGCAGUGUAGGCAGAAGCCUGGCUGUGGGCAGUCCCAACAGCACCUUCCUCCUGGCCCGGCCCACGCACCUACAAGCCAGUCAUUUGUCAGACGUGCUCAAUGCCGAUGGACUGACCAACUGUCUGUCUCUGCGGCUUCCAGUGACUGCCUCAUAUACCAACAACAUCAUGAAGAGCCCGGACAUUUUCCGAUACCAGUACUUUGAUUUUCUUCAGCUGCUGUUUGCUACUGGCUCCACUGCUGGCUCUGUUGCUGGCUAUGAGGAUGAUGUGGAGUUUCAGGUCAAGGUCGGGGAGAUAUUGGCAUCCAGUGUGACAUCAUUCAUAACGCUGCCUUCACCAGAGAUCCUGUCUUUGGCAGCAACUACCUUUUUCCCUGGAACAUUUCUGGAUAACCCUGAACUGAUUUCAGACAAUGUUCCUGCUUUCCAGUUGGCGGACAAGGUACUUCUCAUGCAGACGCCUCGAGCAGACGUGGACAUCAAGGUGCACAGCUCUUUCCUACGUCAUCAAAAAGUGCCGGGAUCUACAGGGGCGCGUUUCCCGUGGUCUGUGGGAGUCGUCAGAGUGAUGGACCUGAAACUGGAGGUUGACCAUCACUUUAACUUUGAGCUGGACCAUCAUGCCCGCAAAUACACACAGUUCUGUCACCGUGACAACGUGCGCAGCCAGCCACAUGUCUACCUGAGACGACAUGAGGAUGACUACAAGAUCAACUAUGGAAAUGUCAACGCCAUCAGUCUGAUUGCUCUGCUCAGAAUGGGUCUUCUCCCAGCUGACAAGGCCAAGUUCUACAACUCUUUUGUUGAGCUGCCACUCUAUGAGGACAUGGCUCCUUGGAACAUCGUGUACCGUGGGGGUCAUCUGGAGUACAUUGAUCAAGACACCAAAGACAAAACUUUUGACAAGUUGGUUCCUUUGGCAUAUCAGGUAAUGCUAGUGCUUGUCAACUACAGAAGGACAGUGGAGGAUUUUAGACAUUGCGGAGAUUCAGCAUCUAUGUUGGUCGACAUCCCCGGCAUUGCUUCAUGUGUCAGGAGCCAGUUUGGAGGGCCUUGCAAUGACUCCCGUUACCCUGUGCCGUGUGGGGACAAGAGCUGUCGAUCUACCUACAUUGAGUGUCUCCAGGUCAUGCAGCGCAAGGUCAAGAACAAAGACACAGCCAAGUCAGUUGAGCAGAGCAGUCAUGUUAGAAAGGCUUCUUCAGAAGUCUGGGGCUUUGGCAACAAUGGAAUGAAAGACUAGAAAUGUCAGUGUCAGAGCUAUUUGACUCAUCCCUUCCAUCUACGCAUCUGCUGCAAUAUUGUGCUUUGCAGUGCUGAGCUUUUAUUACGACGGUGCCAUAUUGUAUCAUUUAUCAGGUUUACAGUACAGUAAGGGCUUUAUUUAUGGGUUUUUUCGAAGAGAUUUGCUUCAUUUAUCAUAUGUAUUUCAUGAUGUGACAAGUGAUUCAGUGCGUUAAAAAUGCAACAAGUAUUGGAAAUAUGUUCCCUGUAUAAAAACACUUAAUACUCAGUAUUUAUUUGUUUCUCAGAUUCUUAUGUUCAAAGCUAUAACUUACAAUUUAUUUAUAUAUAUAUCUGCUGUGUGCCUUGAACCUCACCAAAAAAGGAAUGUAUCGUGAAGUCUGCUUAAACUUAAACCACAAAUGGGUAAUCCAAACACAGCAGUAAACUGAGAGAAAAAUUUUUAAUUUUUAAAAACCUAUAUUUUUCUCUCUAUUUGAGCAAUCACUCAAUCAAAAACUUGGCUGAACUGAAAAAAAUCUGGCAGUCCCUCAGAUUUCAGUUUUUUUGUUUUAAGCAGACUCUGUAUUGUAUUUACAUUAGAUCCUGAUUCUGAGCUAAGAGUGUUGUGCAUCUCAUUGCAUUGUGCACAUUACAUGCUCAUGGCCAUUCAAAAUAAAGGUCAUCAUUAUCCAACCUUUUCCCCCUAUUAAUGGAUAUAGGGAGCUCUCCACCUGUCUCUGUUCUGGGCAAUCUUCUCCACCCCCAGCCUGCUGGUUCCUCUAUAUAUUAUGUCUGAUAUCUGCUUCUAGAUCUCACUCCCAGGUGGAUCCCGGCCUUCUUUUCUUUCUCCUCACCAGGGAAUUCCAUUUAAAAGGCAUUGUCUUGUCCCUUUAUGGACUGGCUUUCUUCAGAGUGUGUGUCCACUUCUUCACCAUCUUUCUUCUUUUUUUUUUCCAUCUCACAGUCAAUAGUUUGGUUUGCUUCCAUAAUUCUACAAUUUCUGAUGUUGUCCAAGCCAAUGAAUUUUCAUGAUCUUACUCAGGCAACAAUAGAUGAAGGACUGUACUGUAUUUUGUAUACUAAGGGUGCUGUGCAUUCUAGAAUGCUUGAGUUUUUUAAAUUUUAUCUAUCCAAUCUGUAUGGUUUGUUAGAGUUAGCAUUAUAAUUAGAAAUAUUUUAUUGUUCUUUUAGAUUUUUGUUCCUUAUUCCAUGUUAUAUUAGUUUUUGCCAAUAUGAACAAUAAAUCUGUGGUUUUGUUUGAUAAUAUG